AUGGCAAGCUGUCAGUCCUUUGUUGAUGGUCCAGUGAGUAGCGGCAUAAUGGUAACAAGAAUGGGAGCGAGACGUACAGGAUUCAGCGUGUUGUCCGGGAGCGGCUCAAGCCUGAACAGCAGGUCGAGCUCCGGAGUCCUGAAAGACCGGGCUAACAUGUCUUUCAUGCUGGUGGUGAUGUUCUUCGCAGUGUUUGGGAUAAUAGUGCUGACGGAGAUAUUUCUAAUUGACGAGAAGCGGGGAAAUAGCAGAACAGGAGCGUUUGGAGGUCAUAGGAGCGGUCAUCGAAUGGGUUCGGCACUCGACCGACCUGAUUACGAGGAAGUAGUCGCUGAUGACUAUGCGACCUUGAAGGGAGGCUUUGACGCUCAAAUCGGAUUGCUGUUGAUGAACAGCAAUUUGGAAUCGAAAGCUGCUGAAGCUAUUCCUUCAGAUCCGAGGGGGAUGUCCAGCUUACCCCCCAGUGUUGAAGUUAGACUGCCGUCGCUGGAUCCUAAUUUGCAGAUGACUGAUGCAGAAUGGUUGCCAGUUACUAAUACGAGAUUCAAAUUUUUUGUUUACUCGGCGUAUUACGACGACCGAGCAGUGGGUAGUCGGAACGGAGGAAGCUCCAGCCUGAGUAUGAUCCAGUCAAAAAAAGGAAAAAUAAUCGGGAAAUCCCCGGGCUUAAUAAGAAUAAUCGGAGCAACGAAAACACGAACCCCAGAGCGGGUCUGGUGCCGGCUUUGGUAUCGCUUCGAACGAAACAACACCAACGUGACGUUAUCAGUGACAGUCGCGGCUAAAAUAAAGGUGAUAAGAGAAAACUGGAACCUGAAAUACAGCGCGUGUUUCGUUAUCUGUCAAUUGCCUAAUCAAGCGCCCUCAUUGUCCGAUUCCAAGGCGGUAUCUCUCCCAGAAUCGGUCAGCGUCGUCGCUAAACUACGUACUGCACCGGCGAAUCGAAUAUUUAUACAAAAUCGCCCGGAAAAUCGGCCCAACACCCGACAAGAUCUUGCCAUUUGUGUUAAGCCUCUUCAUUAUGAUUACAAUCGAGUUUUACAAUUAAUUGAGUUCAUCGAGCUUCAUCGAAUAUUGGGAGUCAAUCAUGUGACUCUGUACAACGACACUGUGGGUGCAGAAGCGGAUUGUGUCUUAAAGGGUUAUCAAAGUCGCGGAUUAGUGACUUUUCUUUCUUGGCAUCAUCUUGACAUGAUAUCACAACGGGAAAUACGUACUGAAGGCCUCUUUGCAGCUCUUAAUGACUGUUUAUAUCGUUCAAUGUAUAAAUAUGAGUAUGUUGCUCUUUUGGAUCUUGAUGAAUUUAUUGUUCCACGAUAUAAUGAUACUAUUUUACAAUUAAUUCGGUGGAUAUCAAGCAGAGUAAAUCCAAAAACAAGUAGCGCAUUUUCAUUCCAAAAUGCAUUUUUUUAUCUUCAAUGGCCUGACGAUCCCUGGAUAACUGUCAGCAAGACACCAACAGAAGCCGGAUUGAUAACACUCCGUAAAACCCGCCGUAAAUCAAAAUUACACCCCCACAAACAGCGUUCCAAGUACAUAUGCAAGCCAAGAGACAUAAUAGAAGCUGGAAAUCACUUUGUUUGGGAAUUUUUGCCCGGACAUGGAACCCUGAAUGUCCCGGCAGACGCGGCAAUCCUUCACCACUACAGAGUUUGUGAGUUUGGUGGUAAUGAUUGCAUUAAAACGCCGUCGAUUAUCGACAGGACUGCUUACAAGUAUCGCGACAAACUGGCUGAAGAUGUUGAUAAAAUUUGGACGGAACUUAAUGACAAAUGUGUUCUUCCCGAGCUUGAAGCAGUGCCUGCAUUGUCACCUCUCGUACCAAGUAGCCCAGAUGAUAUUCAAACGAGGUAG